ACACAUCCGAUUGUUCUGCGCGGGUGCUGGGGAUCCGAGUAUAAAGAAAAUCAAUUAAGAGUCUGCAUUUUGCUGUAUAGUGUACUUAGCUACCAAGUGUGAUCGGGGCCGACUCUAGCCUUCUGGGGGCCUUGCACGAGAUUUGGUUGGGGUGCUGACAUGGCUAAUUGAGUGACUGUCGGUGACUGACAACAAGAGAAAAAUUGGGUUGGGGGCCCCUAUCGCCCUGGGGCCCUAAGUGACCGCUUAUGCCUGGAGUGUGAUGUAUCAGGCCAGGGUCAGUAUGGAAGAGGCAGAAUUGGUAAAGGACCGACUCCAAGCAAUAACGGAUAAGAGAAAAGUCCAAGAAGACAUUGUUCAUAAAAAGCUGGAAAUAGACCAGGAGAGGCUAAAGCUUCAGCACUUAAAGAAAAAGUCUCUGAGGGAACAGUGGCUCAUGGAUGGAACGAGCAACCAAAGCCCACAGCAGAGAGAGACUUUGAGGGGAGAUCAACAACAAACUAAACUCCUCCAGACCAGCAUCCACAGGAUGGAGAAAGAGAUUGAGGCUCUGGAGAGGGAAGAGACGAUGAUUUCGAAAAAUGAGGGCUUCAUCCUGAAGAGGCUGAAAGCUAUCGAGAAAACACCUGAGGAGAUAAUAAAGGACGCAAAGGAGAAUUUCCAAGAAGAGCCAAUCCAUAUCAACCCAGCUACUCCAGAUGCCCCAAAGUCCUGCAAACCUCCAAUUUCAAAGAAGCAGUCCUUUGAAUCUAAUAAGGACACACCCAAACAAACCAUGUUUGCCAUGGAGAUCAACGUCCAGAAGGAUCUCCGUACCGGGGAGACCCGGGUCCUGUCCACAUCCACUGUCACCCCCCAGGUGCUCCAGCAGAGAGGGGUCAAAGUCUAUGACGACGGCCGCAAGUCUGUCUAUGCCCUGCGGUCUGCCGAGUCUCAGCUGGGGGAUGAUUCUAACAGAGUGGACGAGCUCAGCGCUAUGGAGGUGGAGGUUCUGCUCAGAGCAGCUACAGAGCAGAAGAAGUCUCAAAGCGGCCCACUGGGCCACCAAGGCCAUCAGGAAUCAGUGUCUGCAUUCACCACCAACUGUGGCCCACAGAGCCACCAGAAGCCAACAUUGCCUGCAUUCUCCACCCCCCGUGGCUCUCGGGGCCACCAUGAGCUCAGCCCUAUGGAGGUGGAGGAGCAGCUCCGAAAGGGUACAGCGCAGAAGAUGCCUCAAAGCGGUGCUUUCCCAAAAGACCACCGGGGCCACCAGGAAUCAGUGCCUGCAUUCUCCAACACCUGCAGCUGGAGGGCCUCAGUCCCCAAAAGACCCCAACAGAGUAAUGGUAAAGUCAUCCACGAAACCAAUGGGAAUGGGUAUCAGCAAGAGUCGUAUAAGCGUGAUGUCCUCUCCAGGAAGGAGCUCCACUAUAUUGAUGGAGUCCACAACUCAGAGCUGGAGAUUCUUUCCUCCUCCCCUCACAUUCCAGUCCAUUAUUUCAUUGGCAGGCAGGAUGAGGAGUACUACCAGCCAAACAACGGGUAUAACCAGAAUCCUUUCUCUUAUGGUGUGGAGAAAGGGUUCCCCACUGACGACUUCUACCAUAGCCCUAGAGAGAACCCGCGAGGAGGGAUGUUUUACGACUCAUCAGUUGAAAUGGACCUGAGGCCGUCUCCGAUCUACCAGGAAGACUCGCACUUCAGUAUCCUGAACACCAUGGACACGUCCGAGCCUGUCACCGCCAUCUUUAUGGGCUACCAGACCGCAGAGGAUGACAGUGGGCGUGGCCUUGGCUAUGAAGGAUCCAUCCGGGCCGAGCUUGUCGUCAUUGGCGACGAGGAUGGGGUGGACGAGAGUAACCCUCAGUUUAACACCUACACCGCGGAUGGCUAUAACAACCGGGGCUACCAUCACUGUCAACCUCAACAGAACUUAAUCAAAUACAUGGCAGAGCCCACAGCUAAUUUUAACUCAAACAAUGCAUCACCGUACACAGCAUCAAGGAAUUUGGUCUAUCCUGGUCAACAGGCCAAAGAGUCACACUACCUGUAUUCAGACGGACAGUCCGACGAGGACGGGACAGAGAAGCACUCUGCCCCAGGUAUCAGAAAGAUUAAAAAGAUUAAAAAGAGAACAAAGCCCUGCUGCAUGCUCAUGUAACCAACCUGCAACUGCUGACGCUACUGUAACUAACAAAGUUCACUUUAUAUGCUUUGACUGACAGCACUUCUGAGUUCUUUCAUUGGCUGGCUAGUGUGUUGAACUGUGUGCUGGUUACUUGGCUUCUUCACUGCAUCAGUUUCUCUUUGUCGUAGCCAUUGCAACACAGAGUGACCUGAAACUCUCAUUCUAAUCACAAUUUAUCACUGUAUAAAUACAUAGUGAUGUUGUGUAUCCAUACAAGAGCUUGUGUUGAUGAUUGAAGUCAAACUCUGCCUCUCUCUAGUGGCUGAUAGGCAUUCUGCCUCCCUCUAAUGUCUGAGGCAGUUUUACUGUAUCUUUGGUUCUCUUUUAAUUAUUUGUUUCAAUAUCUCACAUGAAGGAUUCACCAGAAACUCAUAAACUCGAAGAACCAUUUGUAAUCGUCUGUCUGAGACAGACAGGUCGAGUGGCAAAUGAGGUGAGCCACUCCCCUCAUACUAAAGACCUACUUGCCUGCCCUCUGGUAAUUCUCACCUAUCUUCCUCAUGUAGACUACUACUCUAAGCUCUCCUUAGCACAACUUUGUUUUCCUGUUCCUAUGUGUGCUGUGAGGUUACGCCCCCAAGCACAGCUUUUGUCCGUGUUGUAUGUGACUCUUUUGGGUAGGAAUGAGCUUUUCCGCUUUUUCUUCCCCUUGUCUCCUGUGGUGGCUACUGAGAUUUGGCUAGCUCGCUGCAAGGCUAGCUAUUCUACCGACUGGUUUUUCUACCUGGAAGGGUACAAUUACUAGCUCGCUCUUUCAUUUAGCUCAACCCACUACCGUGCCGCGUUGACUAGACUGACCAUCCUAGUUUUCACUGCUUAUCGGUCGAGAGCCACACUUUUGUUCAUUGCAAGACCAACAUAGCGCUAGCUUCCUUUGGCUAACAUUGUGCUAACUAGCUAGGCUAAUUUUUAUUUUAUUUUUUAUUUUACCUUUAUUUAACCAGGCAAGUCAGUUAAGAACAUUAUUCUUAUUUUCAAUGACGGCCUGGGAACAGUGGGUUAACUGCCUGUUCAGGGGCAGAACGACAGAUUUGUACCUUGUCAGCUCGGGGGUUUGAACUCGCAACCUUCCGGUUACUAGUCCAACGCUCUAACCACUAGGCUACGCUGCCGCCCCUAAUAACCUACAAAGAAAAUGCUAGCUAUGUUCACAUUGUUAAAGGAUUUGUUUCUCAGGUUAGCACUGUGCUAAAUAGCUAGGCUAUUAGCCCACGUGGUGAACGCUAGUUAUAUUUCACUUUUUUCUCAGAUGAGCUAUUUUUGUGGAGCCAUGGAGCCAAGCAACUGUCAACGAUCCCCAAUCAUGUGCCCUUGCAGAUUAGAAGGUUUAUUAUUUGCAUGCACAGGACGGCAGAUAUUAUUAGCAAGCAGCGCACGGGGGGGGGGGUCUGCCUAAUGGCUGUUCAGCAGCCUGAUAGUCUUGGGGUAGAAGCUAUUAGCCAAUCUGACAGUUUUUGCCAUGAUACUCCUAUACUGCCCGCAUCUGAGUGAUGGAAGAGGGUAGAACAGGCCUCGGCUCGGGUGGCUGAUGUCGUUGAUGAUCUUCUUUGCCUUCCUGCAACACCUGGUGUCCAGGUGCUAGAGCUCCUUCUACACGCUCACUGUAUAGAAACAAGAUAAGAUAUACUUUAUUAGUCCAUACGUGAUGGAAAUUUGUCCCUGAGGGCUCACUCCACCAGAGGUAGAGAUCCAGAAUUCUAAAUAAUAUCACGGGUCAGGGUUGGAUCUGAUAUGAUCGUCUCGGGUCUCGGGUAUGUGUAAUUUUAACUGACUUGUCCGGAAGGGCCCAUACAGAUCCGAAUGUGACUGUUGCAGUAGAGAGAGAAAGAAAAGAUUAUUUUGUUUAUGCUGCUGCUCUUGCUUUUCACAAGAGUGGAGUGUGGCGCACGUAGCUUGUUGUUGGCCAAUCAUAAGUCAUCAAAGCGGCAAUAGGCAACAGUCAUAGAGCCUCGCUCCAUGUGUGGCAACAGUUAGGAGAUCUCUAAUAAAUGGAAGAUGGAAUUAAAAUGACUGAAUUAAAAGUUAAAGGAGAAGGAUAGGCUACAACGACGAAGAGCCAACAGACUACUGCUUAAUAUUCUGAAUGGAGUUAUUAUUUUUAGCAGUAGGAUGAGAAAGUGCAUGCACUCAGAUAGCCUAGCUAGCUAACGUUAGCUAGCUUCUCCCGGUUUGAUACAGUCUAAGACAGGUACUACGUCAUCAUAUUUGAUGAGAAAUAACCUAGCUAUGGCAGCUAUUAAUCUACUAUAUCACGAGUCGGCUUGGUUGGUUUGGUUGGUUGCUGUCCCUCGUCUCUCCCUCGAUGCUCCCCAUGUCACUCACUAAUAGUACGGCCCACCUCUCUCCCUCCUCUUGUGAUUUAUCAGCUCCAGUUAAUAAAGUAGCUUUAAAAAAUGACUUUUUCUGCUGCUUCCCCCACUUGAACCGGGUCUGGAUCCAACCAUGUCUUUAUGGAACAGGUCUAGUUUUCCUCGCGUCCCUUUGGAAUGGGUCUCUAUAUUUUUAAAAUGCAUUUAUGCAUAGUGGGUCUAGGUAGGAAAGCCCUAGGUCCAUUUCGGAAUGGGUUCAACUUUUUGGAGUCGUGAAGACCUUUAACCACAGGUAUGGCUACUUUUUUGGGCGCUGUUCAAGGGCAUCUCCUUACAGGAGAUAUGCGAUGCAGCUCGUUGGGCAUACCUUCAUAAUUUGACCUGUCUCUCUCCGACACACAUGUUUGAUUGGUUCUUAGAGCUAAUGAGUUUCCGGGGAAUCCCUCGUGAUGUAUCUCACUCAUAAUAUCAGAGACCCGGGGUUACGCAAGUAGCCUUAAGUAUCCUAUGUGAUGCCAAAGGGAUCUUGACUGUUUGUAUAAUAUGUCAAAUAUGAUUUGAUAUUUUUUAUGUUUAUUGCUUUUCGGGAACAAAGAUCAAAUUGACUUUUUACUGACAUAUUGUAAAUCACUAGUGUGAAUGUAUAUUGCAAAUCAAAUUACGCUCUGACUAAAUAAUUGUUUUGUACUAAUUUAAUAUUAAUUAUUUGUAUGUGUGUUUUCUAGAAUCUCUUUUCUACAUUACAAUGCUGGUAUGCCAUGACUGUCCUCUGUAUACUUACAGUAGUAUGCAUGAUUGCUUGCCCUGUAACUUAAACAAUAAUUUAUUCAUUAUUAGCUGGCUUACUUCUCUUGUGUAACAAUUAACUGUUUGAUUGUGUGUGUGUAUGUGUGUGUGUGUGCUGAACUCUUUUUGUGUAUUUGUUCACUGUUUGCUUUAUUUAUUGUUAAUGCAUGUCAUCACACCAACACCACACACACACACACACACACACACACACACACACACACACACACACACACACACACACACACACACACACACACACACACACACACACACACACACACACACACACACACACACACACACACACACACACACACUACACACACACACAUACACGCACACCACCAUGUGUCCAACAACACUCUCACCCCAUGUGACAGACAGUGCUAACAACCUCUCUGUCACCUCUCAUAAUCUUUCUGAGCACACAGACAGACAGUGGACGGUCUGGGCCUUAAUGAUCUUAACGGUCCAGACAUCAAUCAGCUCAUUAGACACGGAUGUCUCCCGAACUAAUAUGCUUUUGACACAACUGAGGACAUAACCAAUCUUAGCUCACCAGUCGUGUGGUUGGUUCAGCCAGUCUUUUUCCUAACAACUGUGUCUGCUUGGUGAGUAGGCUAUGGGAAGGUGGGUAUUACCAGACUUCAUGGAAAGAGCUGGGGUGCGUUCGGUUCUCUUCAACGUUUACUACAUUGCGUGACCGUGUGGUCAAUAUGCCCCACCAUAUGGUAACUGCCCUCUGGGCCACCAUAAUCACAACCUGUUUUUAACUGGGCUCUUCUAGCAUUUCCAUUGAAUUCAAUGUUGCACACCGUUCUGUCAUACUGAACACGACCCUGUCCCAUACUUUUGUCAUGAGGUUAUUUUCAGGAGUCACAUUAAUAUAAACAUAGCACAACUAAUCUGAAGUAGUCCUAACUGAUGUGAUAUGAGGUGAUAUGGUAAAUGUGUUUCCUUUUACAUUCCCCACAGCUUCAAGUACAAGUAUGGAGAAACCUGAACAGUUUGUGUAAAAAUACACCAUGCGAGACUCAGAAACCUACACGUUCCAUGACAAGAGAAGAAGAAAACCAACUCUCAACUAAAACAUUCAACUAACAGCAAAAUGCUUCUAAGAUGCCAUCAAUAGCUAAAACCAGAGCCUUGUAUUUGGAUAAUUCUCAACAUAUUCUCAAUGUAAGGAUGUGGCUAAUACUGUAAAACAUAUGUUUGCUCAUAACGUUUCCUUACACAGCUGAAUAUAUACUAAUGAUGUCAUUUAGAGAGAAAGAAACCAGCCAAAAAGUACACUUUUGAAAUGAAUCUCUGAUCUUAAAUGUUAAAUGUUCCUGAAGAUAUAAGUGCCUCUGAUGUUUACUGUACUCUCUAGCCUUUUAUGCUGCUGUCGGCUACUAGUCAGCACUUUUUAUAUAAUAAUAAAACAUUUAUGGAGUGCCUCAAUGUAAUAUGCUGUUGAAACUGUAACCUGGGAGCAUAUUUGUAAAAGCUAAUCAUGCUAACAAAACAAUUAAAAAGCUAAU